AUGGUUAUCAGAACGGUGUUAGUUACAGACCAUGUGGUCAAGGCUGCGAGCUCGGCCAACACAACCAUAAGCACAGUGGAGUCUACAAGCUCGAUGCCAAUAAUUACAGCAACUUCUUCCAGUACGAGUGUCUCCUCCUUGUCAUCAUCAUCAACAACGUCUUUCGUGGUGCAGGUACCUGAAGGUAAGAACCCGUUUAUUCAAUCAUACACGCUGCCCUCUCAGCUGGUCUUCAUCGUUGUUGGUGCUGUUCUGGGGGCGUUCUUCAUCAGUAUUAUACUUGCCAGGAUGAUUAUCUGGCACAGAUCGAGCAAUAAGGCAAAGAAGGCUCAUCCUUUCAUCGUCAACUCCCUCCCGGACCCGGAUCCAUCCUUGUUCCACGACAAGAAGAGCAUCGCGCCGUCCAUAUACUCGCUCAACUCCUCCAGCACAAUCAACGUGCUUGGCUCGGUCUCUACUGAAGACCUCCUGGUCAACAGUGGUGCCCAGGGAAGAUCUUACAGGACGGCUCUGGCAAGAGCUUCAAGAAGCUCUCUGUUUAUAUCUCCUACUGAGAUGAUUGCACUGGCAGACUAUGACAAGCCAGAUGAUUCAUACCUUAGCUGGGAUAACUCGCCUAUAGAGUCACCGCACACAGCCAACUUCACCUUACAAUCAACGCCAUCAACGCUGGAUCCUGAGAAGGAUGCCGGUAACAUCGCAGGGCACAUGUGGAAGACUACAGGGACGCCAAAGAGACCACCAAGCGUACACAUGGAGAUGAUGUUUGAUGAUGAUCUCAAAGACAUCAUCAACUCAUCAAACAGUUCGGAUAACAGUUCGAUUGAGGACCUAAACGAAAAGGUAUAA